UAAACCGCGAAAGCGCCUCUCUCUCUCUCAGAGUCAGAGGUCAAAGCUUUGCGGAAUACUAGUAUUUUAAUCGCUAAAUUAGGGAACAAACUACAAAGCCUCCCUUUUUUUUCUUAAUAUUCUGUUACUUCCACCAUCCCCAGGUAACGACAUUCCAAAUCUCACUCAGAUCUUGCUCCUUUCUUUAAACUUCUAAACUCUCUCUCUCUCACACUUUCUCUAUUGCUCUACAAUGGCUAUCACAGUCCCAAACCUAAUCAAAGAAAGAAAAUUCCCAUUCAUAUUGACCCUCUCAGUUCUACUCCUCUGCUUCGCAUUCCUCAUCUUCACCGACACCAAAUCAAAUCCUUACCUUCUCUUCUCCACCUCCACCUCCACCUCCACCGCCACGUCAGCUCUUCAAUCCUCACUUCCGUCGUCUCCGCCUCCGCCUCGGCAAAACGACGGCGUCGCUGCCCCCGCUGCUGUUGCGGUGAUCAAUGCGGAUCCGAAUUCCCCUCGUAUUGAUUGGAAGCUGUGUAAAGGAACCGUGGCCGUUGAUUUCAUACCGUGUUUGGAUAAUUUCAAGGCGAUCAAGGCGUUGAAGGCGCGGAGACAUAUGGAGCACCGUGAACGCCAUUGCCCCGACCCGAACCCGCGUUGCUUGGUUCCUCUUCCCAAGGGUUAUCGGAUCCCUCUUCUGUGGCCUAAGAGCAGAGACAUGGUAUGGUAUAAUAAUGUCCCUCACCCAAAGCUUGUUGAGUACAAGAAGGACCAAAACUGGGUGCGUAAGUCUGGUGAUUACCUUGUUUUCCCUGGAGGUGGCACUCAAUUCAAGGAUGGAGUUAUUAGCUACGUUGAAUUUAUACAAAGGACUUUACCAACCGUUGAAUGGGGGAGGCACAUCCGGGUUAUAUUAGAUGUUGGUUGUGGUGUUGCUAGUUUUGGUGGCUAUUUACUGGACAAAAAUGUUAUUACCAUGUCAUUUGCUCCAAAGGAUGAGCAUGAAGCUCAGAUACAGUUUGCUCUUGAACGAGGAAUUCCUGCUACUCUGUCAGUCAUUGGAACACAAAAGCUGACAUUUCCAGACAACGCAUAUGAUUUGAUUCAUUGUGCACGAUGCAGGGUUCACUGGGAUGCAGAUGGUGGGAAACCAUUAUUGGAACUCAACAGAAUUCUUAGGCCUGGUGGCUUUUUUGUGUGGUCUGCUACACCAGUCUAUCGUGACGAUGAAAGAGAUCAGAAUAUAUGGAAGGCUAUGGUGGCUUUGACCAAAUCAAUGUGCUGGAAAGUUGUGGCUAGGACAGUUGAUUCAUCUGGAAUUGGGCUUGUAAUAUACCAAAAGCCUGUCUCACCUUCCUGCUAUGAAAAACGAAAAAAUAAUAAUUAUCCACCAUUAUGUGAUCAGAAAGAUGGGAAAAACAGUUCAUGGUAUGUGCCUCUCAGUCAUUGUCUUUCUUUGCUUCCGGUUGAUAGUAAGGGUAACUUGGUCAGCUGGCCCAUGCCCUGGCCCAAGAGGCUUAGUAGUAAACCUCCAAGCCUAUCAACUGAAUCAGGUGCUGAAGAAAUGUUCUAUGAGGACACAAAACAUUGGUCCGACCUUGUAUCAGAUGUUUAUUUGAAUGACCUUACCAUAAACUGGUCAAGUGUGAGGAAUGUGAUGGAUAUGAAUGCUCACUAUGGAGGAUUUGCUGCAGCACUUAUUGAUCUACCUGUCUGGGUAAUGAAUGUCAUCCCCAUUGAUGUACCAGAUACUCUAUCUAUUAUAUUUGACAGAGGGUUGAUUGGAAUCUAUCACGAUUGGUGCGAGUCUUUAAACACCUAUCCUCGAACUUAUGAUCUACUGCAUUCCAGCUUUCUCUUCAGAAAUCUUACACAAAGAUGUGAUGUCUUGGAUGUGAUCGUUGAGAUGGAUCGCAUACUGAGACCGGGCGGAUAUAUUGUGGUUCAGGACAACAUGGAAAUUAUUAAUAAGCUUAGUCCUAUCUUGCAUUCGCUUCAUUGGUCACUAACGCUGUAUAAGGAUCAGUUUCUCGUUGGUAAGAAGGGUUUCUGGCGUCCCACAAUUGGAGAAACUAAAUCAUGAAUAGAGCUGAUCAUUUACCACUGUACAAUCUUACUUUUAGUUUUAUAUGUUCGAUAGACAACUACAAAGAAAGAUAAAAAUUAUAAAAAGAAGAGGAGAACACAUUCCUUUUACUUUUAUUACAAAGGCUCUUAUUAGUAACUAAAUCUAAAUUGAUGUCCUUUAUUUUUGUCAAAGUGUCAAUUCAAUACACAUGGCAUUACUUUGUGGUAGCAAUGACGAGAUGAUGUGAUAGUUGAGAUUUUGUGUUCA